CUUAUUGUAUGCAUAGGCAGAGAGAAUCCCCUUCCAGCACCUCCCAUCUCCCUCCUCCUGAUUCUCUCCCAGCCAGAGCUCCAGAUUCAUGAGUUCAAUAGAGACAGAUAGAUCUUAUGUGCUGUUCCCUGCAUAGAUUCAGUUGUGCUCAUGCAUUUAAAUGAAAUGCAAAACACUUUCAUUGUGUGCAUUUUUGAAUUGUAAUUCAUUCUGUCAGAUUUCUUAAAGGACUAUAUUCAAGGCACUUUCCUAGUGGAUGUUAUAGAAGAUAUAGUAGGUAGAUUUGUUGCACAGGGAAAAUCCCUGCUAAAUGAUUUUUCCAGCAGGAUUAAGUGAGUUGGCAACACAGCUCUUGACAGCUUGUCUGGCAGUGUCAGACUGAUCCUCCUGCUCCUUUAGUGAGUUACUGGACUUUACAUUUUGGGUCACUGGUUUUUUCAGUCAUCCAGAACGCUAAACAUCUGAACCUAGGGAGGUGACAAAGGAACAGCGAGCUACAGUUUCAUCUCAGGAAGGACACCAUAAAUCAUGGGCUGUUGCAAGCACAGCCAGGAAUGCAGCGAACAGACCAGCUUUCCAGACUGACCUGGAGAUGAUGUUGAUUCUCUAUGUGAUAUGACACUGCUUACCAUUUUAAAAGAAGAGAUAAUGGUACCAAGAUUCUGGGAAGCAUCCACUUUCAAUGAUGAGAUGACAGAUCUAUACACAGCUUAAGAGGAUUGUGUUUCCAAAGAUCUGUGCAGGAAAAUAAACAAUCUUGCCUAUCUACUCGUGUCAUUUUGAUAAGGAUCUCAUCUUGUGAUUUUUAAGGAUGACCUCAGAAAGUUUCCAUUUAAUCUAAGCUUUAUAAAAAGGAAGCUGGAAAAGCAACAGAAAAAGAGAAGUUUUUUUUUUUUUUCUUUUUAGAUUUAUCACACCCACUGGAAGACCCACGUGUAUUAGCAGAAUUGGGACCUUCUUUCUUAACGCUGGAAUCGAUCCUGCUGGUCAACACUGAAUGAAGGAGCCUACACCUGGUGAUAACAUAGGAAAUGCCAAGCUCCACUGUAAUGGCAAUUGGAGCUCUCUCCAGCUCUCUUAUUGUAACUUGUUGCCUAAUGGUUGCCCUGUGCAACCCAACUAUAUAUGUACAAAACAUUACACAAACGGAUCAGCAGCAAAUGAAAAACAGCCAAGACAAGAAGGAGCAUGUGGUACAUGGCAGUCAAAACCAAACACAUCAAGGUAAAUUAAAUGAAAAUAAAAUAGAGAAAGAAGAAACAAUGAAAGAGUGGAAAACUAAAAUGAACAAAACUUUACUAAGCAAGGAUGUUUUAAACAGACAAAAACAGACUCUGAAUACUCAGACAUUGAGUAGUAAAUUAGUUAAUACAAUACAAGUACAAUCAGAUGCUGUACAAGAUCAACCUAUGGAGGACUUAUCGAUUUUGGAUCCUGUCAGUACACCUGAAGCUCCAGAGGAAUAUGUCUAUCCAGACUAUCGGGGUAAAGGCUGUGUGGAUGAGAGUGGAUUUGUGUAUGCUAUUGGGGAAAAGUUUACACCUGGACCUUCAGCUUGUCCGUGUCGCUGCACAGAGGAGGGGCCACUUUGCAUUCAACCAGAAUGCCCUAGGCUGCACCCACGCUGUAUUCAAAUUGACAGCAGCCAGUGCUGCCCACAGUGCAAAGAAAAGAAAAAUUACUGUGAAUUUCGAGGAAAAACAUAUCAGUCCUUGGAAGAAUUUAUGGUUUCUCCAUGUGAGAAAUGUCGCUGCGAUUCCAAUGGUGAAGUUAUGUGCACUGUGUCAGCAUGCCCUCAGACUGAGUGUGUGGAUCCUGUGUAUGAGCCAGAUCAAUGUUGUCCAAUCUGCAAACAUGGACCAAACUGCUUUGCAGAGACUAUUGUAAUCCCAGCGGGAAGAGAAAUAAAGACUGAUGAUUGCACUAUAUGCCAUUGUACCUAUGAAGAAGGCACCUGGAGAAUUGAACGACAAGCACUGUGCACUAGACAUGAAUGCAAACAGAUAUAAUAAACUUUAAAAAAGAAAAACUCAGAGGCAUCAAUGGACUUAUAGCAACGGACAAUCUCAAAGGAACACAUGGGAAAUUUACAUGGAUGAAACUGUUCCUACUGUAUUUCUUUUUCAUAAAAUGUAAAAUAUAAUAAUUUUGACAAAAAUAAGAUCUAGAUUUCUGUCUGAAUAAAUGUGUAUUUUUCACGGUAAUUACUUAACUAAACAAUAUUCUAUAUAUCUACACAUCCUUGCAGACCAUAAAAAUAAAUGUUUUAUACAGAUAA